AUGGAACAAAAAAUAAAUCCACUCAGUUUUAGACUUGGUACAACCCAAAAACACCAUUCCUUUUGGUUCGUGCAACCAAAAAAUUAUUCUGAAGAAAUCCAAAAAGAAAUCGAUAUGAUCCACAUCAUAAUCCAUAUUGGAUUCCCAAAUUUAUUACCGAUAAAAGGAGAAAUCAAAGAAUUAGAUAAAGAUCUACAAAAGGAAAUUAACUAUGCAAACCAGAGAUUUAAUAUUUCUAUCGAAAAAGUUAAAGAACCUUAUAGACAGCCUAACAUUCUUGCAGAAUAUAUAGCUUUCCAGUUAAAAAUAGAGUUUCAUUCCGAAAGGCAAUGA